AUGGCGCGCUACCUUCUCCCCGUCCUGGCCUUCACGGUCGCCGUCCUGGCCAAGACCGACCUGGAGGGCUGCACCUCCUUCACCUCGACCGUCACCGUCAAUCCAUCGCCGGGCUACGGCAACACUUACGAGACCGUCAUCUGGUACGUUCCCGACACGCUCGAGAUCUGCGCCGGCGUCGACUGCGGCGGCGGCCGCGCCCCGCCCCGCAAGGUCCCCGGCUGCCCGGCCUACUCCGGCACCGAGACCGUGACCGCGAGCUUCCUCCCCACCAACCCGGCCGCCAUCCGGCCCACGGCGACUCCCACGGCGACUCCCACCGCCUUCACCACGGCGCUCGGCGAGACCGAUGCCGACAAGGAUACGGCGACGACGUCGGCCGCCAUCGUGAGCAAGCGGACCAGCACCGUCAUCAUGAUCGUCACGACGACUCUGUCCACGGGCCAGGCGAGCGGCACGAAGCACGCCAUCGGGAGCGUCGACCCCACGGACGGCGCGUCGAGAGGCAACGGCACGGCGUCGGCGACGACGAGGGCCACGGUGACUUCCACGAUCACGACUACGCCGGCGGCGGGGCCGACUGCACGCGCCGGCGUGGCGGCCAUUAUCGGUGUAGCCGCUGCCGUCGCUGCGUUUGCCUGA